AUGCCUGUUGCGGCGAGAACAACCCGUCGGGCCGCGGCCACCAAUGAGAACGACGAGAACAGCACCACGCGUAUGACCACUAGAGCCGCCAAGUCUGUCCUCGGCGACCAGGGAAGAGUCACCAAGGGAGCUCCCCAGAGCAAGAAGAGCACGACUGUUUCCGCCAGCACUCGCAGCGCCCUCAAUGACCUGAGCAACCGGGCCAGAACCGAGACGGCGGUCGGCAAGAAGCCUGUUGCUGGCAAGACUAUGUUGGCUUCCAAGGCCCAGGCACCCACACAAAAGGCACCGGCGCGUGCCGCCACCAAAGUCCCCCCCAAAGAGUCCAAACGCGUCGAGAAGAGACCUUCCGCCACCAGCGGAACUGCUCAGAAGCGAAAGCUCUCCGCGCAAGAAAAGGAAAACCUCUUGGAGAUUGCCAAGGAGCCGGUUGACGAGGUCAAGGUCGAGAAGAAGCCCAUGGUCGUUGACAAGGCAACCACGGAGGUGCCGAACUUCAAUGACAUCGACGACGAGGACCGUGACGACCCUCUGAUGGUUGCCGAGUAUGCUACCGAGAUCUUUGAGUACCUGCGCGAGUUGGAAGGCAAGUCCAUCCCCAACUCUCGGUACAUGCAGCACCAGGAUGAGCUCGAAUGGAGCACACGAGGCAUCCUCGUGGACUGGCUCAUUGAGGUCCACACCCGCUUCCACCUCCUUCCCGAAACCCUCUUCCUCGCCGUCAACAUUGUCGACCGCUUCCUGUCGAAAAAGGUCAUCCAGCUCGACAACUUCCAAUUGGUCGGCAUCACUGCCAUGUUCAUCGCGUCCAAGUACGAGGAGGUUCUCUCUCCGUACAUUGGCAACUUCAAGAAGAUCACCAACGACGGAUUCACGGAAGAGGAGAUUCUCAGUGCCGAGCGCUUUGUGCUGAGCACGCUCGACUACGACCUCAGCUACCCCAAUCCCAUGAACUUUCUUCGUCGUGUUUCCAAGGCGGACAACUACGACAUUCAGUCGCGGACGAUUGGCAAGUAUCUCACCGAAAUCAGCCUGCUGGACCACCGCUUCAUGUCGUUUCCUCCCAGCCAGGUCGCCGCCGCUGCCAUGUACAUGUCGCGUCUGAUGCUUGACCGCGGUGAAUGGGACGAGAUGCUGGCGCACUAUGCCGGCUACACGGAAGAGGAGCUGGAGCCUGUGGUGCAGCUCAUGGUCGACUACCUUGCGCGGCCUGUCGUACACGAGGCGUUCUUCAAGAAGUACGCCAACAAGAAGUUCCUCAAGGCUUCAAUCAUCUCGCGCCAAUGGGCCAAGAAGAACGCGCCUAUCUUUGGCAUCACCGACACGGAUCUGUCGUUAUAUCACCUUGACGAAUAA